AUGAACAACACCAUCUAUACCUAUAUUGGCCAUGUGUUGAUCUCGGUGAAUCCAUUCCAGGACUUGGGCAUAUAUACAAAGGAGUAUUUGAACAUGUACAAGGGUAAAAAUCGACUCGAAGUUCCACCCCAUGUGUUUGCCAUUGCUGAGUCCAUGUACUAUCAUCUCAAGUCGUACGGAGAGAGCCAGUGUGUAAUUAUCUCGGGUGAAUCAGGUGCGGGCAAGACUGAAGCCGCCAAGCAGAUCAUGCAAUAUAUUGCCAAUGUGUCUGUAGAUGAUAAGGUAUCCACGACAUCUGAGAUCACUCAGAUUAAAGAUAUGGUUCUCGCCACGAAUCCGCUCUUGGAAUCUUUUGGAUGUGCCAAGACUUUGAGAAACAACAAUUCGUCCCGUCAUGGUAAAUAUCUCGAAAUUUAUUUCAAUCCGUCCAACUAUCAACCUGUGGCUGCCCAUAUAACAAACUACCUUUUAGAGAAACAGAGAGUUGUGUCACAAAUCACAAACGAGCGAAACUUCCAUAUAUUUUACCAAUUGACAAAGCUGUGUCCGCCAGAGUACAAGCAGCUGUUUGGACUUCAAGGCCCAGAGACUUACGUCUACACUUCGGCUGCAAAAUGUAUUGACGUUGAGGGUAUCAACGAUGGUAAGGACUUUGCUGAGACGUUGCAAGCUAUGAAUACGAUCGGCUUGAGCAAGGCGGAACAGGACAAUAUCUUUCGUUCCUUGGCACUGAUCUUGUGGAUAGGUAACAUUUCCUUUGUGGAAAAUGAAGAUGGGAACGCAGCAAUUCGAGAUGAUACAGUGACGACUUUUGUGGCAUACUUGCUUGAAGUCGAUGCCAACGUAUUGAAGAAAUCAAUCCUCGAAAGAGUUAUCGAAACGAGCCACGGUAUGAGACGAGGCUCAACUUAUCAUGUCCCUUUGAACAUUGUCCAAGCAACAGCCCUGAGAGACGCUUUAGCGAAGGGUAUUUACAAUUAUUUGUUUGACUGGAUUGUUGAGCGUGUGAAUAUCUCUCUCCGUGGCCGUGCAGAAGCGAUGGAAAAGAAGACUAUCGGUAUUUUGGAUAUUUAUGGUUUCGAGAUUUUCGAGCAUAAUUCCUUCGAGCAAAUUUGUAUCAACUACGUGAACGAGAAACUUCAGCAGAUUUUUAUUCAGUUGACUUUGAAAGCGGAACAAGAUGAAUACGUUCAGGAACAGAUCAAGUGGACUCCCAUCGACUACUUCAACAACAAAGUCGUUUGUGACCUUAUAGAAGCAACCCGCCCACAACCUGGUCUUUUUGCUGCUUUGAACGACUCCAUCAAAACAGCACAUGCUGACUCCGAUGCUGCUGACCAGGUGUUUGCUCAGAGACUCAGUAUGGUGGGAGCAAACAAUCGUCACUUUGAAGAUCGUAAAGGCAAAUUUAUCAUUAAACAUUAUGCCGGCGACGUGGUAUACGAUGUUGCAGGUAUGACUGAUAAGAAUAAGGAUGCUAUGUUACGUGACCUUUUGGAAAUGUUGUCAACGUCUCAGAAUACCUUCGUGAACCUGGUUCUCUUCCCACCCGAUUUAUUGGCAGUGUUAACUGAUAAAAAGAAGAGACCCGAAACAGCGUCCGACAAGAUCAAGAAGAGUGCUAAUUUGUUGGUGGAUACUCUUUCACAGUGCCAACCCUCUUAUAUUAGAACUAUCAAACCAAAUCAGACAAAGAGACCCAAAGAAUAUGACAAUGCUCAAGUUUUACAUCAAGUGAAAUAUUUGGGAUUGAAGGAGAAUGUGCGGAUUAGAAGAGCUGGUUUUGCCUAUCGUACCACCUUUGACAAGUUUGUGCAGAGAUUCUAUCUUUUGUCUCCCAAAACUGGGUACGCAGGCGAUUACAUCUGGAAUGGAGAUGAUAUUUCGGCCGUCAGAGAAAUCUUAAAGUCGUGUCACAUUCCUGACACUGAGUUUCAAAUGGGAACUUCGAAGGUAUUUAUCAAGACGCCAGAAACCCUUUUUGCUAUGGAAGACAUGCGUGACAAAUACUGGCACAAUAUGGCGGCACGUAUCCAGAGGGCAUGGCGCCGCUACGUCAAACGUAAAGAGGAUGCUGCGAGACUUAUUCAGAAUGCUUGGAAAGUCAAAAAACAUGGUAACCAAUUUGAACAGCUUCGUGACUAUGGAAAUGGGUUGUUGCAAGGUAGAAAGGAAAGAAGAAGAAUGUCUAUGCUCGGUUCAAGAGCUUUUAUGGGUGACUAUUUGGGUUGUAACUACAGCUCUGGAUUCGGUAGGUUUGUAUUGAACCAGGUUGGCCUCAACGAGCACGUCGUUUUUUCAGGGAAAGGUGAGAUUCUCUUAUCAAAGUUUGGAAGAUCUUCAAAGAGACUUCCAAGAAUCUUUGUGUUGGGUAGAUCUUCGCUCUAUAUUAUAGCGGAGAAUCUCGUUGAGAGACGGCUUCAAUUGCUGAAAGAGUUUGUGAUUCCUAUUAACAGUAUUAACUACGUUGGUCUUUCUACUUUCCAGGACAACUGGUUAGCUGUUUCCCUCCAUUCGCCUACACCUACAACUCCAGAUGUACUCAUCAAUCUUGAUUUUAAGACAGAAUUGGUCACUCACUUGAAGAAACUCAAUCCUGGUUUAACGAUCAAGAUUGGGCCCACUAUUGAAUAUCAAAAGAAGCCUGGAAAGUUCCACACUGUCAAGUUUGUAAGAAGUGAUGUGUCGACCAUUCCUAUUCAUGGCGAUGUUUACAAGUCGGGUACAGUCUCUGUUCGUCCUGGUCUUUCACCCGACAGUCAGAACCCCAAAAGACCUAGAGCUACAUCUUCGAAAGUGGACUAUAGCAAGUACUAUAAUCGUGGUGGGCGUCUUGCUCCAGCACGGACCGUUCCUCCAGCUCAUCCUACUUCCCAACAGAGGACACCUGUGGCUCCACCAAGCCAUGCAACACAACAGCAACCUUCGUACCCUACUCCAGUCGCACCUGUUCACCAGCAGCCUAACAACCAUGUACGCAAGGUUCCUCCUCCUGCUCCUUCUUUGAACAAUAACCAUCAGGAAGCAGUUACCGCUGCGACCGCUGCUAUGAAUCAUGUCAACAUACAACAACCUGCCACUGUGGUACAGAACCACAAUUCCAACCCAACGGCACCUUCAAGACCAGCUAAAAAGGCUGCUCCAGCACCUCCAGUUAAAAAGACUGCUCCUCCCCCACCUCCAUCUUUAUCAGCGGCCAAGCCAAAGUGGCCCACAUUCAAGGCCAACUAUGACUACGAUGGUUCUGUCAGUGGCUCGAUGGCAUUGAGUGCCAAUGACAUUGUAUACAUCACCCAGAACAACGGACAAUGGUCAUUGGCCAAAUCGUUGGACGAGUCCAAAGAGGGCUGGGUUCCAACAGCAUACAUUUCCGAGUGUCCUCCACCGCUGAACCUUGGGGGAUCCAAGUCUCCUCCACCUCCUCCACCUCCAUCUGCAACUACCAGGACCGUUCCUGAACAAGGAGGGAAUGCUGCUGCUGCGGCACUGACACAACAGGAAGGUGGACUUUCAAAUGGAUUGGCAGGAGCUCUUCUUGCUAAGAAAAAUGAGGAGACAAAUCUUGCUGGAUCUAUUGCGGAUGCUCUCAAGAAGAGGUCUGCAACGAGAGACAGCGAUGAUGAAGAAGAGGACGAUGAUGACGAUUGGUAG